AUGGUCGGAUAUACAUCAGUGGUGAUCCUAAGGAAUCAAAGUCGACGCGAACAAGUAGGCGCUCACAAAGCGAUCUCCGCCUAUGGAAUUCUCACUCAUAAUAAACUCCGACACCAUAAGAGCCUGAAUAACGAUUGUUUAUGUCGUGAGUCAUCUCUUGAAAUUGCUGAGACGUUUGCGCUUGCAAACGAACAAAUUGAUCUCGCUGAAUUUCUUUGA